AUCAGUCCAAGGACAUUACUCUGGAGGUGAAGAGGCUUGGACUCGCGAGGCGAGCAGUGAGGUUCGAGCCUGCUUACUGAAGGCUGCCUGCCCUCUGGCCACGGUCCGCCUCUGCUACUUGGUGCAGUUGCGCCUGAAAGCCGGUACCCAAGGAGCCUUCUGGCCCCGUGGUUCCGCGCUCUUGAGAGUAGAGGAGGGGUAUCCGGGACAGGAUUGACAAACCCCGCCCUCCACUUAUUAUUUUGCUUAUUUUUCUUUGUGCGCUCCCGUUAGUUUGUUAAGCAGAUUUAGUCCUAGAGUCUUUUCUCCUCCCUUCUCCCUCCUCCUCUCCCAUCACCCUCCCCCCAACCCUUUUUCUUCCCCUCCUCCCUCCUGUCCCUCUGCAGGAGACUCUCGCAGUCAAGCAAAGUUGCAGCUCCGGGUAGCGCCUAGGGGGUCUCCGGGCAGUGUUCAACCGCCGCCAUCCCUUUCCGACUACGGCCCUUCAGGGAUCUCCUUCGCCUGCACCCUUGCUCACUUCAGCCGGAUCUUCUGUGUCCAGAACGCCCCCCCUAUGACGAUGCUCCUGGACGGAGGCCCGCAGUUCCCUGGGCUGGGAGUGGGCAGCUUCGGUGCGCCGCGCCACCACGAGAUGCCCAACCGCGAGCCUGCAGGCAUGGGAUUGAAUCCCUUCGGGGACUCAACCCACGCUGCGGCCGCCGCUGCUGCCGCCGCCGCCUUCAAGCUGAGCCCAGCCACCGCUCACGAUCUGUCUUCGGGCCAGAGCUCAGCUUUCACACCGCAGGGUUCAGGUUAUGCCAAUGCCCUGGGCCACCAUCACCAUCACCACCACCACCACCACGCCAGCCAGGUGCCUACCUACGGCGGCGCUGCCUCUGCCGCCUUCAACUCCACGCGCGACUUUCUGUUCCGUCAGCGCGGUUCUGGGCUCAGCGAGGCAGCCUCCGGGGGCGGGCAGCACGGGCUUUUCGCCGGCUCGGCGAGCAGUCUUCACGCUCCAACUGGUAUUCCUGAGCCUCCUAGCUACUUGCUCUUUCCCGGGCUUCAUGAGCAGGGCGCUGGUCACCCGUCGCCCACGGGGCACGUGGACAACAACCAGGUCCAUCUUGGGCUGCGCGGGGAGCUAUUUGGCCGUGCAGACCCGUAUCGCCCCGUGGCUAGCCCGCGCACGGACCCCUACGCGGCUAGUGCGCAGUUCCCUAACUAUAGCCCCAUGAACAUGAACAUGGGCGUGAACGUGGCGGCCCACCACGGGCCGGGCGCCUUCUUCCGUUACAUGAGGCAGCCCAUCAAGCAGGAGCUGUCCUGUAAGUGGAUCGAGGAGGCUCAGCUGAGCCGGCCCAAGAAGAGCUGCGACCGGACCUUCAGCACCAUGCAUGAGUUGGUUACGCAUGUCACCAUGGAGCAUGUGGGGGGCCCGGAGCAGAACAACCACGUCUGCUAUUGGGAGGAAUGUCCCCGCGAAGGCAAGUCCUUCAAGGCGAAGUACAAACUGGUCAACCAUAUCCGAGUGCACACUGGCGAGAAGCCCUUCCCAUGUCCCUUCCCGGGCUGCGGGAAGAUUUUUGCCCGUUCUGAGAAUCUCAAGAUCCACAAGAGGACCCACACAGGUGAGAAACCCUUCAAAUGUGAAUUCGAAGGCUGUGACAGACGGUUUGCCAACAGCAGCGACCGCAAGAAGCACAUGCAUGUGCACACCUCGGACAAGCCCUAUAUCUGUAAAGUGUGCGACAAGUCCUACACACAUCCGAGCUCCCUGCGCAAACACAUGAAGGUUCAUGAAUCUCAAGGGUCAGAUUCUUCCCCUGCUGCCAGUUCAGGCUAUGAAUCUUCCACUCCACCCGCUAUAGCUUCUGCAAACAGUAAAGAUACCACUAAAACCCCUUCUGCAGUUCAAACUAGCACCAGCCACAACCCUGGACUUCCUCCCAAUUUUAACGAAUGGUACGUCUGAGGACAACCAAAAUGCAUUUAAAAAAGAAAACUGAGACAAAUCAGAUGGAAAUGGAGUUUUAAAGCAAGAGGCCAUAUAUAGGGCUACAUCUUGGUAAUUGCAAUUGUUCAGGAAGGUUUGGGGCAAGAUCCAAAAGUAGCCAUGCCCUUUUCUCAGGAUUAGAAAAUAUGUUUUGGCAUUUGAAAGAAUUUUUUACAAAAUCUUUUCACUGCUGUCCCUGCCCCCCUCCUCUUGCUCUCUGUACACCCCUUUCUGAAACUCCUUCAAAUCAUUUUAAUUAACACUUGUCCUGUUUCUUGAGGAAGUUAUCGAUGGCUUGGUGGUGGUGGUGACGUUAAACUGAUGAAAAUUCUUCUUCGCCUUAGUGGUGAUUGUUUAAACUCUCACGGUCUUAAACCAUGCCAAAGUCCUGUUAUGUCUUGAACUUUUCUUCAAAGCAUUACACUUGUGAAUGUAUCUUCGUCUAAUGGGGUCGAAACUUGUUGUUCAGUAUUUUUUCAGGCUGAGGAUAUGAUGUUACUCUACACAGAUUGUGACGUUUAGUAUACAGUUGCCUUUUGUAAUAACUUUUCUUUUUGUAAAUACAUAUCCGUUGAUGCCAUAUUUAUCGUUUGUAAUUUAAUUAUUGCUGCAAGUGCCGGGAACUGAACAAUAUUUAUGGAUAAAUGUUUUCUAACAAAUUCUGUACAGUUUUUGAUUAUAACUGCUUUAGCAUUAAACAAUUAUUGUUUUGAGAAAAGGAACACAAUUUACAAUUUUUGAACCAUACUGACUUUUGUUUUGUAAGAGCCUCCUACAAAUAGGAGACAUGAGUAAAUUGACUUUUGUUUGUUGGUAUUUAUAACUCACUCAGAUCCCUUUUUUAAUUGUUAAAUUAUUUUUCUAUUGCAGUCUAGAUUCCUUCCAAUGUCAGUUUCCAUCUGGGGAGGACCCUUUUUUUCUUUAUCUCUAGCUCAGAUGGUUGUUUAACUGCGAGUUUAAAUGUGUUUGUCCUGGAUUUUCGGCAUGCAAAACAAAUAAUACUGAUCAAUUCACUUAGUGGCCAUGACAUCUCAAUCUUGUACUUCAAAGACUGAGAAGCUGGAUUUAAUCAUUCCUGCCCUAUAUAUAUAUAUAUAUAUAUAUAAACAUAAGGUAACCUAAUUUAGUUUUAUGUCCCUUAGUUCUUUAUUACUUUACAUAAAAAUGAAAAUUAUGGCAGGAUGCAUGUCUGUUGAGAGAUCACUCAUAUACCUAUAUGUUUGUAUCUAUGACUUACCUAAUCUGCCUAUCAAAUCUGUUUAGCUUCAAAAGAUAGCACACCUCUGAAAUGACAAUGAGCAAGGCCGGCUGAACAGUGCUUCUCAUGGUUAAAGUGCUUCUUCUUUAAAAAAAAUAAAAUAAAAAUAAAAAAAACAUAGUCUUUAAAUUUUGGAUGGCAAAGGCUGAUUUGUUUGCUGUAUAUAGUUCAAUUCAUGAUUAUCACAAUUACUCAUAAUGUUUAUAUCGCGGUGUAAUAACUGCAGCAGUUCCUAAAUGAUACUGUGGAAAGAAAAACAUUUGCAAAAUACGUUAUUUUUAAAGUUCAUUACUUGUAGGCAAAGAUGUUAAGAGCAUUGUUUCCAUUAAAAUCAGUAACAAUGAAAAAUGGUUGUUUGUUUUGUGAUAAAAUGUGUUAACAAUCCAUUUAAUCUUCAGUGAAGCAACUCGUUUGGACAAACAGUUCUUUUUACAAUGGGUCUAUGGAAAAGAAACUGAUAACUAUUUUGGGGGGUUGAAGUGGGUAGAGUUUGGAGACUUUUUAGGGUGCUGUUUGGUUAUUGAGAGCCCAAUCUCUGCAUGAAUAACAGAAAAGUGGAGAUAUAAGGGAUUGUAAAGUAUUUAGAAAUGUAAUGAAUAGGCUUAAGUACCUCUUUCGCUUUAAGGGGCAAUGCUCUCAGUUUUUGAUGGCAGUUAAUUUGAUAUUAUAUAAACAUUUUCAAUUCUAGAAUUUUGUUGAUUGUUCUUUCUGAAGAAAUAAAAGUCUUGGCACAUCGUAUUUAUGUAACUUUUUUUUUUUUUAUUUGGUGCCCAAUAUUUUUUCCAUGUUCAAAUAAAUCAAUAUUAAAUUG